AUGGUCUUACAACAGCAGUACCGAGAGAAAGGCUUCACAAAGUACUCUCAGUUGAUUUCUCUUCUACUUGUGGCUGAACGACACAAUGAAUUGCUUAUGAGAAAUCACGAAAAUCGACCCACUGGGUCUACACCAUUGCUUAAAGAGGAUGAGGUGUAUUCCCAUUAUAUUAAUCGUGGAAAAGAUCGUGGCCAUAUUCGUGGUCGUGGUCGCGGUCGUGGUCGUGGCCAUAUCCAAGGAAGAAAUUUUCCUGGUGUUAAUCAUCCUCCACCGAAAAAUAACUUCCAAAAAUGGAAAGGUAAAGAUGAGAAGCGAAACGCAGAGGGUUCAGAAACUAAAUGCUAUCGUUGCGGUGGAAAAGAGCAUUGA